GCGCCUGAGUCACCGCGCCGCUCUUUGUGCUCGUUGCAGGUCGAUCCUGCCAACAAGGGAUCCUUCAACGUAGUCUCUCACAAUGCAUUCGAACAAUUAUCGUUCCACCUUUGACGGUCACACAUCAGGAACCUUCUAAUACUUGGAGGCUGAUUACCAAGCGACGAUUGCGCAACUGCCCACCCUUUGAAACGGCGCCAUUACAACAGGCUCCUUUUUAUGAUGGAGAACACCAGGAAUCAAGAUCACGUCGAAAGUGUUGGACCAACAGAAUCACAAAUUCCAACAUUCAAAAAUUUACCCAAUAAAGACCAACUAUUCAUCUUGGCACUUUCGCGAUUCGUGGACUUCUUUCAGCAGGCAGCACUGCAAACUUUUAUGGUCCACCAAUUGCAGAGCUUCGAUCCGAGCCUUUCGCAGGCAACGAUUGCAUAUCAAGCAGGUAUUCUCCAAGGCUCCUUCACAGCCGCGCAGAUCAUCACAAGCAUUAUUUGGGGCAGAGUAGCCGACCACCCUGCAUUCGGGAGAAAGACUGUGCUUAACAUUGGUCUCAUCGGAACGGGCAUUGGCUGCGCCGGUCUUGGCUUCAGCAGUAAUUUUCAGCAAGCAGUGGCAUGGCGGCUGCUCACUGGUGCGAUCAAUGGCACUGUCGGGUCAGCGCGGACAUUGGUCGCUGAGUGCAUACCGAAACCCUGGCAUUCUCGAGCAUUCCUAUUCUUUCCCGUGGCCUUCAAUUUCGCCAAUGUUGCCGGUCCCGUAUUUACUAGCCUGUUGAUUUAUCCAUAUACCAAUAUGUCCUCCCUGUUUGGUCCACAUAGCCUCCUGGGUGGCGAUGAUGGAUUGACGUGGAUGAGGCAGUACCCAUUCGCUCUGGCCAACUUGUUGAGCACAGCGCUGUUGUUCACAGAGGCAGUCCUUGUUCAUUCCGGCUUGCAUGAGACAUUGAAGGCCAAACAACCUAUGAACAUGGUGGUUUUUAGUCCUUUCCAGGUUGCGCGCACCUGCUACAAACUUUUGACCACAAGAUUCAAGAUGGGCGAUCGGCAUGCUUCAUCUGUCGUGCAUCAAAAUGAAGGUCUCCUGGCCAACUCGGAUGAUCAUGACGAGAAUGAAGUACAGUCGAGCCAUGCAAAGUUGGACGGCGUGACUCCAAGGAUGUCGUUUUUCCAGAUCUGGACGCCAAAUCUGAUCUGGACACUGCUUAGCAUUGCCAUCUUCGACUUUCAUCUGGGAGCGUUUGCCAAUCUAUGGACUCUUUUCCUUGCAGGACCCCGACUGAGUAAUGCUGACUUUGUGAAUGAAGAACGAAGCCAGGGGCGAAACGCUAGUCUGCACUGGAGGACUGAUGUGACCAGGUCAUCUGGACUCGGCUUUUCUCCCAUCUUGAUUGGGAACUCAAUGGCAAUUCUAGGCUUCGUUGGGGGUGCAUUGCAACUACUUUUGUACCCUUCAGUCACUCAGCGAUUUGGUCUGCUGCGUUGCUUCCGUUGGUCGCUGCCCCUUUUCCCCGUGGCAUAUUUUUUGACGCCAUUCCUCUCCUCCAUACCUUCACGCGAUGCUCCGCCUGCAUCAGCAAGCGGCCUUCUCGUUUGGGCUGGCAUCAGCUCGGUAUUGGUAUUGCAAGUUUCGGCGCGCACGUUCACAAUGCCUGCAGCGAUCAUCCUUUUAAACAAUGCUUCGCCGCAUCCCAGUGUGCUUGGCACUGUGCAUGGGUUGGGCAGUGCUGAUUCCGCAGCAUUUCGGACCCUUGGGCCUAUGAUUGCAGCUUAUUGGUAUGGUGUAAGUGUUGAGAAGGGUAUCGGACAAUUAGCCUGGUGGCUGGUGGCUGUCAUUGCAGCAAUCGGCUGCAUUAUCAGUCAUCGGGUCAGAAACGGGAGUGGACAUGAAAUUCUGCUACCUGAAGAUAUUGAGCUGGAACCACCACCAGCGCUCCAACGAACCCGUCACUAGGAUUCCGCGAUGGAACUCGUAAUCGUAUAACCAUCUGUGCUCCUAGUGGUGGUUACUCUCCAUAAAACCGACAAUGCGUAGGGGCAACCUUGGACACGUGCAUUUCAUUUCAUUUCAUUUCAUUUCGACGCAAGCAGAUCAGCGGCCUGACUCCAAGCCGCGCGUAUUGAGCAUUUCGUGUCAUCUACG